AUGUAUUUAAAUUUUUUAUUUCAAUUAAUUCAACUUCUUCUAGCUGCUCUCGGACCAUACUCACAUGCUUCAAUCUUUGACGAUCGUUUGAUUUUCUUGAGUGGACAAUUUGGACUUGAUCCAGCCAUAGGAAAACUGGCAACAAGCGAAGAACAUGGUGAUGUUUAUGCUCAAACUCAUCAAACCUUGAAAAACAUUACAAAUGUACUUGAAGAUUGUGGAUCAAGCUUGUCACAAGUAUUGAAAACAACAAUUCUCUUGACUAGUAUGGAUAACUUUGAUGCUGUAAACAAAAUUUAUGUAGAAUAUUUCACUGAUAACAAACCUGCAAGAGGUUGUUUUGCAGUUUCUCAAUUACCAAAGAAUGCUCUUAUUGGAAUGGAAGUUGUUGCUUACAAGAAUUAA